ACCCCUUCUGCUACUUUGUUCAAUAGAGACAAAAUCCACACACCAAAAGAAUGACUUACACACCCAUCUACUACCAAUUCCACCAUUCUCAUCCUUCAAGGCUGAACCAUAAUUGCAAAUCCAACAAAGAGCCACCAUGUCAUCAAGUGGAAGCCUUUGGAACUAUGAGGAAGAAAAGGCAUUUGAGAAUGCCAUAGCUAUGCAUUGGAUUGAGGAAGCCUCAAAUGAGCAAUGGGAGAAAAUUGCUUCAGCAGUUCCCAGCAAAAGCAUGGAAGAAGUGAAGCAGCAUUACCAGGUUCUAGUGGAGGAUGUAAGUGCAAUAGAGGCAGGUCACAUACCAUUCCCCAACUAUACUUCUGAGGAAACCACCUCUUCAAAUAAGGACUUCCAUGGCUCUUCCAAGGCCACAAGUUCAGAUAAAAGAUCAAAUUGUAACUAUUCCACUGGUUUUUCUGGAUUAGGACAUGACUCCACCACUCACAGUACUGGUAAAGGAGCCUUGUCAAGGUCAUCAGAACAAGAAAGGAGAAAAGGAAUUCCAUGGACUGAGGAGGAGCACAGGUUAUUUUUACUUGGUCUAGACAAGUUUGGAAAAGGAGACUGGAGAAGCAUUUCAAGGAACUUUGUGAUAUCCAGGACUCCCACACAAGUAGCAAGCCAUGCACAGAAGUACUUCAUAAGGUUGAAUUCUAUGAAUAGGGACAGAAGAAGGUCUAGUAUUCAUGACAUAACUAGUGUGAACAAUGGAGAUGUGGCUAGUAAUCAAGCACCGAUUACAGGGCAACAUAGCAGCACAGUUUCUUCAAGUACAAUGGGUGUAGGACAAUCACUGAAGCACAGAGUGCAGGGCCAUAUAGCACCUGGUUUAGGCAUGUAUGGAACACCAGUUGGACAUCCUGUUGCUGCUCCUCCAGGGCACAUGGCAUCUGCAGUUGGAACUCCUGUCAUGCUUCCUCCUGGACCCCAUCCACAUGCUCAUCCUCAUCCACCUUAUGUUCUUCCUCUUGCUUACCCAAUGGCACCACCACCAAUGCAUCAAUGACAACCCUUUUUCUUUUCUUACUUGUAGUUAGUUUCUUUUUCUCUUUUUAGUAUGGAAUUAAGCUCCUUUAUGUGGAAAGUCAUAAAUAUGGUGUGUCAAAUUCUACUCCAGUUUAAGCAAGGAAAAGUUGUUGAAUGAA